AUGGCGUCGGAGUUCGAGGUCCUCAAGGACACGACAGCUGCGGCCGCGGCCGGUGGGGUGGCCGCCGCGGGGGACGCGGAGGCGGCGGGGGAGUAUCUCAAGGAUGGCGUCUACACGGGUGCCGCGUACGGGGACCACGAGAAGUUGUGCCACCUCGUCGAGCUGGAGGGGCGCACCAGUGGGCCACCCUCAACAAUCGCGUCGCCACAGCCCAGUACAUUCUCGCGUGAAGAGAUCUCAGCGUGCGCCAUCUGUCACGGUCGGCGGUCCCGGUUGCUCUCUCAGCUUUCUUGGAUUGCAGUUUCAGUGGUGGUGGGAAUCGAUUUGGUGGUGUGUACCUUCGUCGAAUCGGUUGUUGUGCUGCUGCUUUACCUUUGUUCCUCCCCUCUCUUGUGCCCUGAUUGA